UUGGUCCACAGACAGACUGUGCUGUGACAUGCUAACGUUGCUAACCCUGUUGCUAACCCUGUUGUCCUUGUUCUUCCCUGUAGGUGGAGGUGGAUGUGCUGUGGGCCAUGUGUUUGUGCUGAGCUCCGACCUUCUGCCAACAUGAGGCUGAUGCCCGGCUGGCCUCGGCCCUCCCUGCCUCGGCCCCCCCUGCCUCGGCCCUUCCUGACGGCCGUCCUGGCGCUCGCCUUCGCCGCCUUCGGACCGCAGCUGUCCUCGGGAGCGACGCCGUUCCCCCAAGACCUGGCACCCAUCAGCUUCGUGGGCAGAGACGCCUCGUACCUCUAUCCCAGCUUCCAGGGGCUGAUGUCAGAUAAUGACACCGUGCGUUUGGGUUUGGACUUCCAGAGGAUGCUGCGGAUCAACCACGUGCUCUACAUCGCUGCACGGGACCAUGUGUUCGCCAUCAAUCUGUCCACGUCAUCGGAGCAGAUCAUCCCACAGCAGAAACUGACGUGGAAAACCAAGGAUGUGGAGAAGUGCACUGUGAGAGGAAAAAACAGCGACGAAUGCUACAACUACAUCAAAGUUCUGGUGCCGCGCAACGACGAGACGCUGUUCGCCUGUGGCACCAACGCCUUCAACCCCACCUGUCGGAACUAUAAGAUGUCCACUCUGGAACAGGAGGGGGAGGAGGUGGUGGGUCAGGCUCGAUGUCCCUUCGAGUCUCGUCAGUCCAACGUCGGCCUGUUCGCUGGUGGAGACUUCUACUCCGCCACCAUGACGGACUUCUUGGCCAGUGACGCUGUGAUUUACCGCAGUCUGGGAGAAAGCAGCCCAGUUCUGCGAACAGUCAAGUACGACUCCAAGUGGCUGCGAGAGCCACAUUUCCUCCACGCUAUCGAAUAUGGGAACUACGUGUACUUUUUCUUCAGUGAGAUCGCAGUGGAGUACACCACACUAGGAAAGGUGGUUUUCUCCAGAGUUGCUCGUGUUUGUAAGAACGACAACGGCGGCUCCCCCAGGGUGUUGGAACGCUACUGGACGUCGUUCCUCAAAGCUCGACUCAACUGUUCUGUUCCAGGAGACUCCUUCUUCUACUUUGACGUCCUGCAGUCGCUGACCAACGUCCUGCAGAUCAACCACCGUCCAGCGGUGCUGGGAGUGUUCACCACGCAAGCUAACAGUAUCACAGGUUCAGCGGUGUGUGCCUUCUACAUGGACGACAUCGAGAAGGCCUUCAGCGGAAAAUUCAAGGAGCAGAAGAACAGCGAGUCGGCCUGGACGCCGGUUCCAGAGGAGCAGGUCCCCAAACCCAGGCCUGGCUGCUGUGCAGGUGAAGGCUCAGCUGCUGCCUACAAGUCGUCCACCACUUUCCCUGAUGACACCCUCACUUUUAUCAAAUCCUUUCCACUCAUGGACGAGUCUGUUCCCUCCAUCAACGACAGACCGUACUUCACCCGUACGACCAGCAGGUUCAAGCUGACCCAGAUCGCGGUGGACACCUCAGCCGGACCCUAUAAGAACUACACGGUGGUUUUCCUGGGCUCAGAUAACGGUCAUGUUCUGAAAAUCCUGGCCAGCACCCAGGGGUCCAACGCCUCCUUUAACAGCCAGCUGCUGGAGGACAUGGACGUCUACAACCCCGACAAAUGUAACGUGCAGGGGGAGGACAGGAGGGUACUGGGGCUGGAGUUGGACCGCGACCACCAUGCUCUGUUUGUGGCGUUUUCCGGUUGUGUGAUCCGCGUUCCGCUGAGCCGCUGUUCGGAUUACAGCACCUGCAGAAAAAGCUGUCUGUCUUCACGGGAUCCUUACUGCGUCUGGCUGAAGUCUGGAAGCUGCACCACCGUCUUACCUGGAUUCAAGGGCGUCUUUGAACAGGAUGUGGAGGACAGUUCCCACCAGGAUCUGGAUUCCUGCCACGAUGUCCUGGCGACCACCCGGAGGCAGAACACAGCAGCAGAUUCAGCCUACGGGAAGACCACACCCACAAGCGCCAGCACAACCUAUCAUGGGGCGGCAUUUCCAAAGGAGGCAGGCCUGAGCCGGAGGGGGGGGGGUCCUGAUGGCCCGCCCCCAGUGGGGGAACACGGGUCACCUGACUCGGAACCAAUCAGUGUGGAGAUGGAGGGUGUGAGACGCCCUCCAGAGGUGGACCGGACCAACCACAGCGUCCACUACACUCUGCUGAUCGCCUGUGUGUUGGUGGCCUUCGUCCUGGGUGCCGUCCUCUCCGGUUUCCUGGUCUCCUGCUACUGUAACCACACAGGCCAUAAGACAAAGAAACUGGCCAAGGAUCCCGAAGCUCCCAUCCCCCACGCUCUGUCCCUGCGCAGCCUGGCCAAACUCAACGGACUACUGGACAGCCAAAGCAAGGACGACAAGCUGGAGGUGUCCUCGCCCAAGAUUUACAAUUCUUUCUUCGCCGGCGGCAAAGAGCAUCACGUAUCGCGCAGAAAUGGCCAUCACGGAAUGACCAUGGGGGACCUGGUCCACCCCCAUCACCACCAUCAUCUGCACCAUUCCUCCGAGCUGUCCGGUCUGCCUACGCCCGACUCCACCCCGGAACUGCCCAUUAAGAGCAUGAAGGCCUUCAAGAACCAGUGGGAGAAGAACCAGAACUGCAACAACGCCAAAGACCCCAAGUCCCACAACGUCGGUUCCAGGCCCAGCUCGGCCCUGCUUCCCCAACAGGUCUUCCCCUACCCACAACCCCUGGGUGGUGGUCUACACCCAGAGGAACGCAAAAUCCAUAAUGCUGAGCGUGUUUUGUCUCAGCAGGCCUACCCCAGUUAUCCUCAGAAAGUCAUGGCGGUGACCUCUCUGGACGAGCUGCUCAAACACAUUCACGAGGCGAACGGCGGUAAGAACUCCCAGCUGAUGAGCCCGUGUGGUCUGAUGGCCGGCGGUGGAGGCGGAGGCCAGAUGGCCUUCGUCAACCGCAUCCAACCCCAAAUCCCCGAGACGGAAUCCGCCCCCUACUACAGCUCGUCCACUUUACCCCGAGACAGUCUGACUCGGCGCAUGGACGUUCCCCCGGACAUCCCCCAUCACCAGUCCACCCUGGAGCGGAGGCACUCCUCCCAGAGGCACUCGCUGAUCGCUGCAGCCACCAAGAUGCCCGCUGGAGGUGGAGCUGGAGGAGGAGCCGCAGGAGGGGGAGGAGGGAUGAUUCCUCGCCAGCACAGUUUCAGUCAGAGAAGCGGCGGUGCGCACCAGCCGCCUCCCCUCCUGGCUCGAAUGAACUCCACGGGUAGCGCCUGCGAGGUGCACUACCCCCUCAUCCCUAACGGGUAUUUGGCGCGCCAGCACAGUUACAACGGAGAGCAGCAGGAAGUCCUGCACCGGGGCGCUAUGGUUCGUCGGGCCUCGUCUCUCAAACCUGAUGUCCCUCCCAAGCCCCUGUUCAUCCCGGCCACGUCCCCGGUCAACCCACAGGGAAAGUUCAACUACUGAAGACAUGGAGCUGAACUGGUGGACUACAGAGGCUCCGCCCCUCAGGCUUCUAAAGGAACUUCCCUGAGGACGUGAACGGACCUGCAUCUGAAAACUUCAGAAGGUUGUGUGACCGCCACUGUCACUGUGGACAACGCCUCGACCUAACACUUUUCCCCUUCUUUUUUUUGUUUAGCGAAUAUCUUUGUACCAUAUUGGUAUUGCUCAGCUACUUGCUUUAUUAUAGAACCGCUGACUUGGGUGACGUGAUGCCACCUCCUUAAAGGUGCGGGAGACUUUGGUGACCAAUUUUUCAUCAAAUCUGUCAAACCUCAGUCUUAUCCUCAGUAUCACGAAUCUGUAAUGCCGCGUUUCCACUACAUGGUAUCGACUCGACUCGAC